AUGAGUGAAUCUUUUCUUCAUACCUUUCUUCCAUCUGGUAAUAGGGGGCAGGGAGAUGGACACCCCAACCGCCGAACAUCCAUGGGUAGCGUCACCAGGGAUAACGGUGGCCUUAUUCUUAAUGUCCUUGUGGACUCUCCCCCACAUACCCUAGACAGGCUGAUAUGUUUCUGUGUGGCUACUGCCCACACCCCGUCUGAAACACUGAUAGCUUGUGCUGGGAAAGGGUAUUUGAUCCUCCUCCUCCCACUCGCUGGGCCCUUCGUCCUGUUCAGGGUGCCUCUUUUUAGAGCCUUCGACUGCUUGAUUGGACCUCUUCGUCUUUUUCUUCCUUUUCUUCGGACAUGGGGGUGUGAUGGCGAUCUCACGGGGGUUCCAACUCCGUCACUCGGACUGCUUCGUUUAUCUGGUCAAGUCGACCUAUCUCCUCAUCUUCUUCGGAGUCUUCCUCCGUCUCCAUUCCUUCCGGUUCAACCAGAGUUACCUUCCUUUUCCUUGUCUUUUAGGCCUCGGCUCGCUCAUUUCCAGUUUUCCUUCUCUCUGGUGGAUUUUAUAGUAGACAGGGUCUCCAACCUUCAAUUCUACCACCUUUCUUUCAGCAUUCACCCUCUCAUUUCUUUUCUUCUGGGCCCUCUUUAUUCUUCUUCUGGCCUCUUCCUUCGUUCCUCCUCGAAUCUCACCCGAUUCAGAGUUCGUGGGGAAGUGCUCUCCCUAUCUUCUCCCUCUCCUAACCUUUAUAGUCUUUUGGGCCUGGCCCUUUCCUUCUACAGGGACCAACUGCAGAGGUCCUCUCCGUACCUUUUUUCUGACAUUAGCCUACCCUUUCCCGACACUGCGGUCCUAGGAGGUAACUUUACAUCUUCCUCCACCACUAUGGUUAUCUCUUCCUCUGGUGGGCAUCCCAAUGGCGUUCUCUCGCCGUUCACCACCAACACAGGGGCCCCAUCUGCUUGUGUGAUCUCUAUGUCCGCUUCCCGUAACCUUCUCUUCCGUUUCACCCGCCUGUAUGUCUCCUCUCUCAUCAAUGACACAGAUGCUCCUGUGUCCACCAAAGCCCCAUCAUCCCUACCACCUAUCUCUGCUUUACAGGAUAGUUCUUUCUCUUGCUUUCUUUUCAGGUGUCCUGGCCUCCUGCAAAACCAGCACCUUCUUGUUGGACAGCUUGCCGCAAAGUGGCCCGCCCGACCACAUGUCCAACAUUUUGCUCUUUCUCUUUUUAACUGGGUUGGCCUUUGUGUCUAUCCUCGGGGGAACCCGUCCUCUAUUCAAGAGCCUUCCUUGUUAAUAUUGGUGGGGCACCCUUCCUCAGCCUGCACCACUUGGCCAGGUGUCCUUUCUUACCACCUGGUGCACCUGUCACGAUCGAAGUCUGGGGCAACCCCCACUUCGUCGGACAUUCCGCCGCCCUGUGGUCCUCGUACCCACAGGUCCAGCAGACCAGCCCGUAUCGACCCGGCGUGGGCUUAUAAAAGCCAUGCCUGUUCGACCAUGCCCUUCUAUUGGGGUCCUCCUCCCAUAAUUCUGCCCGAUCCACCUCUUCCUUAA